CAUGGGCUGGCCGUUUUUGCGAAGUGCUUGAAAUCAAGCGGUGUUUGAGUUUCAAAAAUUGGUAGACUGUGAAAGAGAAAGAGGCGAUUCUUUGGCGAUUAUUGUGGUCAAAGAGCCGCUGAGAACGGUGAGAAGGAGCACAGAAGGCAAACUGAACGUGAGGUGAGUUAUUUUCUUCGAAGAUCUCGAAUAAUUGCGGGAACUGACGUAAUUCCAAUUGGGAGAGUCAGCGCAUAGUUAGUUCAGACCAUGGGUGGGUUAUCCAUGUCUCUCUUAAAAUAUGCGUAAUAUUAUGACUCUGUGGCAAUCUGACAUUCACUUAUUUUUUCCUGUAAAGCUCCAUUCUUCUGAAUUCCUAUUAUAUUUAGCUGUACUAUAAACAAUGCGCGUAUGGCGAAAACCAUAUGUCAAUCUACAAGACCCAAAGUUUUUGAGAACUGAUCUGGUUAGAGAACUUUGUACAGUGACCUUCUUUUGCUGAAAGAUAUUACGAUGCCCUUGCCGGUAUAAAUUUUGAGCAGUAUAACGUCGUGUGCUUAGUUUCUUUAGAUUCAAGCUACUAACCUUGCAUCCAUUCGUUGUUUUAUGACUCACAGGAAAUCUAGCAAAGCAGCAAAGCGAGGGUGUCGCUUGUAGUAUGGAGUGAGCGCGAUGAUUAUUGUACACAGAUCGCUCAUAAAGGAAUGUUUUCAGUGGAAUUCAAGAUCAUAGAUGCUCUUGAUUUGAACAAAAAAGUUGUUAGGAAAGACUAGGAAAAUUUUGAGCCAUGGUUUUGACUCCCAGACAGAAGGAAGAACUGUAAGUUUGUGGGUUUGGAAAACUUGAUUUAUUCAUCUUGUAAAUUGAUUAAGUUGUGCUUGUUUCCAGAUCGAGGUUGCGCUGGCAAGUUAACCUUUCCCUUUCUGUGCCCAUAGAUUAGUGUCCUACCUCCUACAAUAAUUAUGUCGUGCUAUGAAACAUCGUUUACCGCAAUUAUGUCGAUAUUUUUUCAAAGCCCUGACGGAUCAUUGCGGAUUAGCGCAUUGUAGUUGAUCACAGACAAAGGUGGACUCUUGCAGGUUUCACUUCCCGUGAACAAUGUAUUUUCAACCUCUCCACGUUCAUAUUCCUUUCUCUGACUUUUGUCACCUUCUAACUGCUAUUUUAUUCUUCAGACACAAAGCCAUUGCUGACUAUCUUUUCCAAUGUGGCUUCGAAGAUGCCCUGAAUGCUUUCAAGAAAGAUGCAAAUAUGGUGAGAAUUAAAUUUAUCACUUUCUUGUUUAUUUCGCUUACACUUUGUUUUGCUGCUGUAUGCUGUCAAAUAUCCUUGUAAUCAAAGUUCUUAACCUUUUAUCUCCCAUGUUUAGUUGACUUAAUCCUCCAGGGGAUUUUGUGUAAUCUUUUCUCCCUGAGGCAAAGGGGUAGAAGUUUGUAGUGUCGCAGUACCUCUUUUUAGUGUAUAGUCGCUUAGACAGGGAUACAGCCUAACAUUAUUCCACUCUUUUUAUUAUUGUGUUGUGUCAGAACAUAUCUUUGCUCAAGUUAAUUUAAAAAAGAAAAUCUUUCAUCUUGACAACUUGACUGAAGGUUUUGGGGUGCAUGUUUUUUUGUUAUUGUAGGAGAUGUUGAUUAAUUGAUUAUUACUGUUCCCCCUGGCUGGUAGUCAUCAAAUGGGUCCAACAUUCCUGUUGCAAAACAAGCAAUAGUAGUGCUGUGACUUAGAGUACUAAAAGCAAACAAAAAUUCAAGUAAAAUGCCAAACCAUCUGUACAAACUGAUGCUAAACAAGUUUCAUGUGAAAUGAAUGGUCACAUCAUAGACUUUCAACGACAAUAUUGAAUAUAAAGUAUGUCAUAAAAAGAUAAAUAUUUCAUGUGACCUCCUUUCUUACCUGGCAAAAGUACCUUUUAGUCCUAGGAAUUUUUCUUUGGAGGAAGGAAAGUAACUCUUAUCUCAUGGUUGCUUUUUAUUUUCAGCCUGGAGAACUGGACAAAAAGUAUAGUGGUUUGUUAGAAAAGAAAUGGACUUCUGUUAUUCGUCUUCAGAAAAAGGUUGGUUUACGUUGUACCUCAGGGUACCAUUACUCAAGUCCUAGCACAAAAAAUCCAGUAAAUCACUGGCUAAACAGAACAUCUAUAAUGCGACGUCUUGUCCCUUCCCUGGGCCCAAGGUGGUCGCUUUAUAGAGGUUUGAUUGUAUUACUUUAUAAGUACUUGACUUUACCAGCCUGCAGACAUUUUAUGGGAACAGAGACCAAAUUUUGUUGUUACCUAUAUGUGCUAACUGUUGAUCAGAAGGAUCUACGCAGAAGGUGUGCAUUUCCACAUAUUGGUUUAAGUUCCAGUAAAUCCUAGGACAUUUUAUGAGGACAGCACAGUUACUGACAAGUCAUAUAUGUAUGUUGUGGCUCAUUUUCAUCCUUGGUUUUAGAAUUUAUUUUCCUAGGUUUUAACCUCAUUAUUAUACAUUACCCUGCCCUUCUCAAGUAAAGGGGAAAAGAUUGACCAAGGAUAAAAUUGAAUCCCAAUAUGCAGUGAUUUUGCUACAAAUAGUAAUGUUAUGGUGAGUCCUGGGACUCAUCUUAUGAAAAAUCAUGAGAACCAUCGAGUCCCAGUUAAAAAAACAAGUCCUAAAAUUAAAAUGCUUGGGCCUCUAUGUAACCAGACGGUUAAUCUGAGGACAGACUCCAAAACUCUUUAUUGCGGUUUACUGCAUUGAAAAUAUAUUCCUUCUAUUUAAAGCUCAAAAAAGACUAAAACAAGUAUGCAUACUUACAUAACAGCCACAAUAACAACUGCAGAAAUCACAGGGACAGGAUAUUCUAUAAAACCAUCUUCAGAUUGAUCAAUCAAUCUUGCAUCCUAUGGGGCACAUUUCAUGAAUUUGUUUGCAUGUUUGGAGAUUUUUAUGCAUCAGGGAUGCAGGACACAGAGGUAACAAAAUCGCUGAGUAUGAAAUUCCUAGUGGAGGACUCAGUUUGUUGCUUUUCAAAGAGGGCUGUUCCAGAAGCAUUUCAUGACUAACUAUUUAUAGAGACAAAGUGGCUGUUUUCAGCUGACUUGCACCCACCCGAAGGCAUGUUGCAGUAAAAACAUUUGGUGCCAUCUUUUGUCAGUAAAAAGAAAAAAAAUUGGUGAGCAGGAUUGAUUACACUUCUUCUGUAAUUUUAGUUCCCCAAAACACCUCACUUGCCCAUUGUGGAAGUAACAACAGAAUUCAUGAACCCCAAUAGCAAAAUCCAGUAGCCCUGGGCUAUCAGACACUACUUUCUUUGCACACCAGUAAAAAUAAACCUAAAUCUUGCUUUUAGCCAAUCGAUAUAUAGAUAGAGAAAUAACUAGCUGCACUAUGAUUAAGUUGUAUUUUGUCAAAUUAAACUGUUUGAAAAUAUCCCUUUAGGUUAUGGAUUUAGAAGCCAGAUUGUCAGAGGCAGAGAAAGAGGCCAAUACGGGUUCUGUAGUGAGCAAAAACCGCUCUCCAGAAGACUGGAUGCCUAGACCUCCAGAAAGGUUAGAGCAAGUGUAAAUGUGUUGUAAUUCCUACAUGAAUGUGGCAAAAUUGUCAAGGACCUUUUGGGUUUUUUUGUCAAUAAUUUCUUUCUCAUCUGUACACUCUUUGUCACAUGUUUACAUUCUUUCACUCGUAGUCUCGCUCUUAUUUAAAAAAAGGUUUAAAAUUUCUGGCAAUUCUUUAAUGUGACUUUUUUUUUCUGUGACAGAUAUUCCUUGACUGGCCACCGAAGCCCAGUUACCAAAGUUUUAUUCCACCCAGUGUAUAGGUAAGACUUUCGUACAUACUGUAGUAAUACUGUAGAUUGAGUUAGUUUAGUUUUUUGGUCUUUUGUGAGAAGAAAAGAAAACUAAGCCAAGUUAACUUUUGCAAAGACUUCUGAGACUGUUACUAGAGACAGGGGAAAAACUUGGCCAAUGGCUGGCCAGUGCAUCUCCAGUUACAAUCCCAGAGAUACUUGCAGGAUGCAUUUUGACUCUAGUUCCCUUUGUCAUUUCUUAACCCUUUAAGUCCCAAUACUGACCAACAUCAGUUUUCUCCUAACAAUAUCCAUACAUUGUCAAGAGAUAAAGUUAUGAGAAUUAAUAAAGUGAUCACCAUAGAGAAAAUUGCAAGAUCUUUUAUCAAAUUCUCUCAACUAAUUCCUAAAGGAGAUGUAUGGAGAUCAGUUUGGAGAAUGUGUAUGUGGAUAUUGGGGCUUAAAGGGUUAAGUGAAAAAUGCAUUUGUGGGGCUGACAAAUUUUUAUCUUUCCAUGACCCUGAUUGAAAGAGAUAUCCCCAAAAGAUUCAGAUGUCCACAGGUUUAGAAUUGAGAUCAAUUUUCUGUUGUUGGUUCUGAGGGUUAAGUAUUGUUUAGAUAGGGAUAUGUACUUAGUAGCUGUUGCUUUAGAGAAUUCGAUCUACAGUCUGUACAACCGUUUUGUUUGUAUUUAGUGAAGAGAGAUGACGUUGACAUCUAUAUUUUUUCCUUUAUUUUUCCCUGUGAAGUGUCAUGGUAACAGCAUCAGAAGAUGCUACAGUUAAAGUUUGGGACUAUGAAACUGGAGACUUCGAACGGACCCUGAAGGGUCAUACAGAUGCUGUACAGGAUCUAUCAUUUGAUCAUACCGGAAAAAUAUUAGGUAAAAACGAUUCUACAAUGAGCUAGUGAUUCUGACUUCUAUUGCUAUCACAAACAAUAUUGGAUAGAGGCUAAUGUUGUUAGAUACAGUCAAAACUGCAUGCGUGAGCAUCUCUCAAGGGACCACCUCCUAUGAGCCACAGAACCAAGAUACUGAACAGUGUUUCCAGUUAAUGUGCUACAGCUGAAACCUCUUGUAAGCCAUGGUACAUGUGGAGCAAAUUUUUUGUUUAGGAAUCAAUUCAAAGUGGACAGACUGCAAAUUAUAGUAGUCGCUAAAAAUGUAUAUAUUAACGUGUUGCAACUGUUCAUCAGUAGGAUGCCUAAAAUGCGUACAAUUCCACAAUUGGCUUUGGCUCCAUUAAAUCCUAUAUCAAUGCGAUGGCAAGGCUUGAACCCAGACCAAUAGAUCCUAUGUUCAAGAUCUUGUGAUCAAAACCAAAAAUAAUUAUUUUAAAAUUUAAGAGGAUGUUGGCGAUGUUUUCGAUAUGAAGAUUUUGUCAAAAUAGGAUGUCACUUUGUUAAUGGAAAACUAACUGCAUCCCUUGAUAAAGUGCCAAGCUUUUUUAAUAUUAGUUAUACCCUCUUGUCCUGCAUGUGACUUAAAAAUUUAAUUGUAAAUUAAUAUUCGUAGUUGCUUGGACAGUAUGGUAAUUGACUGAUACUUAUCAUAUUUAUUGUUAUUUUAGCGUCAUGUUCUGCUGACAUGUCCAUUAAAUUAUGGGAUUUCCACGAAUUUGAGUGCGUCAAAACUUUAACUGGUGGGUGUGUUUUUUUGCUGUGCGUGAUUUGUUAAUUUUGUGUACUAAAGUUUGAACAAGCCUUUAAAAAACUGUCUUCCUGAAAUUUUGUUGAGUUUGUUCUCUUCUGAAAUGGUAUUGAUGAAGAUCUUUCUUUUUUAACAAAAAACAGGACAUGACCAUAAUGUCUCGUCAGUGACAUUUCUGCCAUCAGGAGAUUAUUUAGUGUCAUCAUCUAGAGAUAAAACUAUAAAAAUGUGGGAAGUUGCUUCCGGGUAAGUGUCACUAAGGGCUGACUUUGUUUGUUAUUGUCAUUGAGAAAAUGGAAAUUCCAAAGAUAAUAAGUGAUGGAUAUAGUUACUUAUUUGUCACUUGCCGGCACACUUUCCUUGUGGAUAAUGUAAACCUUGAAAUAUUCAAAUAAUAAUUAUUUGAAUAUUUUAAGGUUUACAUUAUCCACAAGGAAUGUGAGUCUUCAUUAGUAAUUUGUAACUUGCCACUUCAUUGCCCUUGUUCCCCUCACUAAUGGGUGAACUCAUAGUGUAAUCUGAUUUUAUAGUUUUUGUGUGAAGACUUUCCAAGGUCACAGAGAGUGGGUCAGAAGAGUACGUGUUAGCAAUGAUGGUAAGUUCUGCACGCUUGAUCAUUUUCAAGGUUUGGAGAUUAUAGAAUUCUCCUUGCCCUCCUUUUUUCAUCCAGUUGACUGUUUUAUGAAGAAGUAAUAGUAAGCUUAAGCAACAAGAACGCUGACAUCCCUGGACGUCAUGAAUAGCGACUGGAAGAUCUAUGUCUCACUUGAUGGAACACUUUUGUCUCACACAACUCUGAAUGCCUUUGUUUUAACCCCUGCUGUAUGAAUUUGUUGAGGUAGCACUGAAAGAGAGAAAAUAUCAACUUCCGGUUGCCAUUUUUGACAUUCUUGUUGCUUAAGGUCCCUAAUAGUUCACAACAUUGUUUAGGUUUUAUGUCAGAGAUACUUAGAAAUGACUGAUGGUGAUAUCAACACCAAGCAAUCACUUAAAAACAAACCUUAGAGUGUCUUUUUUCCUGCUCACCUUGAUGCUUUCUAAUUGGGGACACUAUACUAACAUUACGCUACCUAAAGUUUAUUACUUAAACUUACUUACAAUUAAUAUUAAAUUACUUAAAUAUUAAUAUACAACAUAUUCUUGAAGUGAUGAACAUGCAUUCUUAAAUUGUUGCAAGUUUAAAAUUAAUGGAUUUUAAUAUUGCUUCCAUUUCACAAUCAGGUUCUUUGUUAGCAAGUUGCUCAAAUGACCAGGUAAAAAACCUACUUCUAUAUUCCUGUCCUCUUUAUAUUUUAAAGUAUAGUUUAACAGAAAUUUUAAGGUGCAUACUGUAUGUAAUUAUUGUGUGACAUAAUGUCAGAGGAUACUUAAGUCUUUACCCUGUGGAAAUGUGAAUAAGAUAUACAUUUUGUUCUCUUUUAGUAACAUACACUGUACUUAAGACCUAGACUUGGUCUCUGCUACAUUUCAGUCAUUUUCCUUGACUGACCAGUAUAUAAUAUACAGUAUACACUUUGCUUGGAAAAACAGUUACAGUGUAUAAGUGCUGUUUCCAACCGCAGCUUCUUAAAACCGAUUUAUGUGGCACAACUUUCUUGCAUGCAAUGUGCUUACAAGAAUCUUAUGACAAGAGUCAUAUUGUGUACAUCUCACUUACAACUUACUUGCAGUUAUCCAAAGUUUGAUUUACAAGCUAUGAUUUGGGUUGAAGGUCUGUUGUAAGCACAUCACAUGUAACAAAGUUGUACCAUGUUAAUUGACCUCUAGGAAGAGUUGCCUGUAAUGUUGUCUUUUGGAUGAAUCCUUAGCAUGGCCACUGACUGACCAAUGAACAGUAUACAGUAUACACUUCACUAGGGCAAGCAGUUAAAAUGUAUAAGUGUUUUUCCAACUGCAGUCCUCUUAAGACCGAUUUACAAGGCACAACUUUCUCACAUUCAGCGUGUUACAAUAAUCCUAUGACAUGAGUUGUAUCGUGUACAUCUCACUUACAACUUACUUGCAGUCAGUCAAAGUUUGAUUCACUGGCUAUGAUUUGGGUUGAAGGUUUUUUUUAAAACACAUCACAUGUAACAAAGUUGUACCAUGUAAAUCAGCCCUCUAGGAAGAGUUGCCUGUAAUGUUGACUUUGUGUCUGUGGAUGAAAUCGAUAGCAUGACCACUUAACAAAAUUAAUGAACUAACAUGUGGUUUGUUUGUUUGAGUUGCUUUGUAACUGAAGGGAGUGUGGAAUCUUUAAAGCUUUGCUGUCCAUAAUAGGGAUUGAAAAAGUUGAAACUACAGAAUUGUAUGCCAGCAAUUGAUUGCAUAUUUUUACAAUGUACAUGUAUUUACUCCCAUGGUAGUAGGCAAAACAGUGUGGAAAUUUAUGUCAGAUUGCAAAUUUCAUUGCAGACAAUCCGUGUGUGGGUGGUAGCAACAAAAGAAUGUAAAUGUGAUUUGAGAGAUCAUGAACAUGUAGUAGAGGAUGUGUCAUGGGCCCCAGAAGCUGCAAACCCUUAUGUGAUUGAAGCAGCAGGAAUUGAGGUAAUUCUCUACUUCGGUUUUUCAGGGUCCAUGAAGUUGUAGACUAGAGGUGACUCUCUCUUAACAGACACCCCCAUAAGACUGAUGCUGCUGUAAAAAAAAAGAAACAGAUGCCUAGAGUUGGUCCCUGCUUUCUUUACUCCCUUUAUUUGACUCUUAUAAGGUGGACAUCACUCGUAGACGGACACUUAGUACAGAUCCCAAAGGUGUUCUUCUCAGAGAGAGUUGACUGUAUAAAUAUCUGAUCUUAAUAUAAGUUGUUAUUCUCUCAUGAAUAUUAGAGAUAUUACAGGUUCUCAGUGUUAUAUUUUAUUUGCUUGCCAUUUUUGAACAGGGUCCAAAAAGAGGAGGAAAUCCUGGACCAUUUUUAGUAUCAGCUUCUCGUGAUAAAUCAAUCAGAAUGUGGGAUGUGAGUACUGGAGUGUGUCUUAUGACCUUGGUAAGUGGUGUUACGAAAUAACAUUGUAAGCAAGUGUAUUAAUUUUAUGGGGAGAUAAUAAUAAUUAAAACUAAAAUUUAAUGAUGAUAAAAGAACUGAGGGGAGUUCAAUUUGAUAUUAAAUCAUCAGGGCUGUCAUUAAGAGGUGGUGGAUGGGGAUUUCCCCCCGCUACUAUGAAUGUGGCCCCCGGCUAACAGAAGAAAAAUAGAACCAAAAGAAAUUCCUAGCUGUCUUAUUCUCGCCCACUUGUUGUAUUUACCUGGUAACGUGAAAUCUUAGUGAUAUCCCUGAAUCUUACGACUGAUUAACAAAAUCGGAUGUCUGCUUAGUUGGAGUCGGAUUUGUUUUAUUAUGAGUAUGAUUAGAGAUCAAAUUGGACGAGACAAAGUUCUGUCACUGAUAUUAAUCAUAACUAUAACAACAUCAAUUUUCUGAUAACUUCAAAUUAAAAGACAAGAUUGUGUCAAAGUUAUUGCUAGAAGUGAAAAAAAUAAAUCAUAAAAGUGUGUGUGCACAAUGACACGUACUGUCCUAUAACACUGUCUUAUCAAUGCUGUAAUUAGGGCUGCCGAUAGCCAAUCAGAUAAGGGAAUUUUGUUAUGGUUAUGAUGAUGUUGAUGAUGAUGAUGAUGAUGAUGAUGAUUGAGACUGAUCCACUACCUUUGAUGGGUGCCUGCAGUUGGGGCUUAUUGUUAACCAGGUGGCCAUGAUGCAGUCUUCUAAGGUUGACUGGCCACCAUGAAGAAUGCCCCAUUGAUACUACAUUUACAUUGAAAGUAUAAAUAUACUUUUCCUCAUGAUGAGAUUAUUCUAGUACAUGUGAACCAAGAGUUACUCCUUACAUGUUUCUGAUCCUGUGUUCCCUCUUCUUUUCUAACAGGUGGGGCAUGAUAAUUGGGUGCGUGGAGUGAUGUUUCAUCCAAGAGGCAAAUAUCUAGUUAGCUGUUCUGAUGACAAAACUCUUAGAAUAUGGGAUUACAAAAAUAAACGAUGUGCUAAAACUCUUACAGCUCAUGAACACUUUGCAACAACCUUAGGUAAGUUCCUUGCUGCUUUUAAAACCAUGUUUAACUCCAUCCAUUUGGGCUAUGUAAGCUUUUAGUGGUCCUUUACCUAUCCUGCACCAAUGCAAAUUUAAGCAGUUCUAGCAAAGGCAUUUUUGAAUGAUGCAACUUUUAGUGCACUUUUUGCAUUCUUGGGCACUGAUUUGCUUAAAUUUCUGGGCAAAUCCUCUAGUCAAUAAUAAUUCCAAAACAAAGACACUUAGCCAUAUAAAUUUGGUGGGGUUGAUUCGUAAUAAAAGGGAAAAGGCCCGACUUGUGAUAAUAAGUAUAAUAAUAAUAAUAAUGAUGAUCAAUUAUUCAACCUUUUUGCAGCAUAAACUGAAUUACAAGGCCGGUGUGGUUGACAUGCAUUCUCAAAAACGUCUUUGCUUAUUGAGGCUCCCUUUUUUUUCUUGAAAGAUUUCCAAUCACACAGAUUUUGUUCCACUUUGAGUUCUCUUUUUGGAAAUCAUGGACAAAACAAUGUAAUGCUCAAGAAAGCUGCUUGACCCUUCACCCCUUGCAAAUGUCUAAUGAACAAUAAGAAGUUUUUGUAUCUUUGCUUUGUGUUGAAAGAAUUCCAGGUUCUGUCAGGACUGUUCAAUCUCUCAUUUGCUGUUUGUCUUCAUUGCAGAUUUCCACAAGUCAGCACCUUUUGUUUUAACUGGAAGUGUUGACAUGACAAUUAAAGUGUGGGAAUGUCGUUGAUAAUUGACAGGGCACGAGCUUUUCAAGGUUAAUGUGCUGAAAUAGCACUCAUGUGGAAAGUGGUUGUUAGAAUUCAAGAAAAGGACCUUGCAGGACUAUAGGGAAUGGAGGAAGAGACUGGGAGCUUUCUUGAUUAGGAUUAAACUGUUUUCAAACUGUGCUGAGCAAAUCUCUUGAACGACAUCAUUCUUCAGUAACAGAGAAAAGUUACUAAUGUUGUAUUUUGUAUUUUGGAAAGUUUUAAUCAUUAUUUUCCUCUGUGCAUUUGCUGCUGGCCAUUGGAAAAAUGAAGUGUUGAAGGUCAAGUUUGAACACAAGUGGCUCUUUAAUGAUGUUGGCUUCUUGACAUGGUACUUUUCGUGGUUCUGGCAUGCCUUGUGUCUGUGAAGUAUCGACUAUGUCACUUAUUUAGAAUCAAGACCCUAUAAAAUGGUGCUAGAGUUAAAUUAACACUACUGACAUGCCCAGAAGAAAUCAGACAAACUAGAAUACAAUGUACUGUUCUACCUGGUGCUCGUGGUUCCCUUUCUCUAGAGUUUACAGUCAAUAUUAAAGGAACCCCCUGAAAGCUACGUUGAGGAAUAUUAUUGUUAGAUAUAUUUUUAAUUUUUUGUCCUAAGCUAGGGGUAAAUAAAUUAGACAAUAUAAUAGUAGUUUCAUAAAAUGGAAGCAAAAAUGACAUGUAUGUUCCAUUAUGGUUUUUAUCAGCAUUCAAGGUAGUGACAUGUGGGUUGACCAAUACAAUAAUUAUGCAGUUCUCUCUGUCUCGAAGAGAAUGUCAUCUAUUGAGACUUAAUUUCAUUAAAGUAUUCAAAGUGAAACUGCCAUAUGUGUUGUUUUUUCAGGGAAAUCCAGCUUGCUCUGAUCUGAAAUUAUUAUUUAGCGGUGAAGACAGAUAAAAAUGUGGCAUUCAUAUUUUUAACUUUCAGAACAACAAGGUGGUGAAUUGGCUUAAAAAAUAAGUUUAGUAUGUCAUGAGCUUGAGACAAAGAGCAGACAACUCUGAACUCAGAUUUCUAACUCUUGAGAUUUGUCUUUUGAGUUGAACUCUCAUGGAGAAGCGAAUUUCUGCUUUGUUUCAUGGCUGUCACAUACUGAGUGUCACAUCUUUCACUUCUUUUUGUAUUUACUUUGGAACAAAAGUCUUAAAAUUACUUUUGAGAACUAUUUGCUUUAGCUCCUUGAUGUACUUUUUUGUAGUUGUCAGUCUUCCUUGCUAUUUAAUAACCUAGUCUUGAGGAUAAGUGGAAGGUAUUCUUAAUAUUAUUUAUUGCCUGCCUUCAGAGCCUUCCCUUACCAGGACAGAUCAGGAAGGGGGAGGGGAGAGUGAGUCCUACCCCAGUUCCUUAGAUAUGCUUUUGUCAUAGAUACGAACUUUGUAUCUGCGGUGAAUUCCUCCACCAUCAAAACAUAAACUGUCUCUUUACUGAAAUAGAUUUCAUUGCAGCAAUUUGGGUUUAGGCAAAAUAUGACAGUUUCGCUUUGUAUUCCUCACUGAAUCCCACCUUUAAACCUUCUGGAACAUAGGAUGUUGAUAAUGACUUUCCAUUUUAUUGAAGCUACGAUGACUUAUGACCGAUUACUUCUCUGAAGGCUCAAAUCUCACCAGCUGCAAUAAUAGCUUCAUUCACAUUAGCUGGCAAAGGUUCUUGCUUGUUAUAACAGCUAAGCCAUAGUUGUCAUCAUUUCUAAACAUCAUAGGUAUAGAUGACAUGGUGUUUGCUAGAUUAUUAGUGAUCUUAGUUGACAGAUAUGAUUUUCGAAUGGUAUGAAGGUGCCUUCACAUGGAAAGACCGGUAAAUGGCAAGAAAUGCUUGAAGCAUUGUUUAAAACGGCAGGAGUGUUUUAUCAGGUUUAUAAACUCAAGGUGAAGCCGAGAGUUUUUACGCCUAAUAAUCCAUGACUGCGAGCUUUUUGAACAGCUUCAAAAUCUCUGAAAUAGAUCAACUCAUUCUUGCACUAAUAUUUAGAUUUGGGGUUAUUUGAUCUAAAAAAUUGGAUGUAAAGUUUGGCUGUGUCUUUAUCAGAUAUAAAGACAUUCAUUAAAUAUUAAUUUCUUUUGUUUUUUCUUUAUGAAUUAUUAAUGAGUUUUUGAAGUGGUAGACCAAAAUGAAAUGCAUUGUUUCAUCUGAUAUCCAGAUAUAGAGAAGUGGGUUGAAAAAACGAGGUACAGGGCAUGGUUGUUCAAGAAAGGGUUAAGAUAACCCAGGGUUAGUGCCAAAUUUGAAUUCAGAUAGGAAAGCUUAAGAAUCAAAUUCAGAUUAAAUCUUUUUGUCGGCAAUUCGAUGAUUGGAUUCUCUAAAAAGUAACAAGAAAAUUAUCCAAGAAAAUACUAUUAAACAAAUGAGAGGGAAACCCAGGUUAAAACUAUCGGCCUUCGAACACAUUGGCUCAGGCAUUUUUCCAGGGUUUGUUUAUACUGACUU